AACAAACUGGCAGCAUUCAGUCAGUUGCCGACUCUCAAGGCGCCAGGAUAUCCGCAGCGCUUGCCCAAGGAUAUUAAGCCCAACACCGUAAAACCAAAACAAAACGCUUUGGCGCGAAACGGAAGCCGGAAAUUAGAGUCCUAAACGGAAAUUCCUCAAAAAAAUAUAAACUGAAACAGUGAUUUAAAUAACCAAUCUGGCCAUGUCCCGACGCAAACAGGCCAAGCCGCGCGCCUGUCUCAAACUUGGCGAAAAGGACGAUGAGGAGAACACUGGAGGCCUGCUGGAGCCCAAGGAGGAGCUACUGAGUGGCGAUGAGGAGAACGAGGAUAAUGAGGAUGAGGACGAGGAGCUCGGGCCCGAUGAGGAGGCGCCCGAGGGAGGGGAGCUGGCCGCCCAGUUCGGGUCCAAUGAAUCACAGCAACAACAGCAACACCAACACCAAAGCUGGCCAACAGCUGAUGAGCCCGUGGCCCCAGUUGCAGUGGCAAAAGAAGAAGCAGAGGAUGCAGAAGCCGAGGCAGAAGAACUACAACACCCACGGGAUGGGGCAGCUGCAUCCGAUGCUGCCACUGCCACUACCACUGCCGCCACUGAUGCUGCCAAUGCCAACGGACACUGCAAGUCCUCUGAGCCCGAAGACGGAGAGCCGGACGCGGAGGAGCUGGACCUGGACGAGGAGCUACUCAGUCUCAGCGGUGACGAAGACUACGAUGAUGAAGAGCUGCAGAGCCUGGACAGCUUCUAUUCAGGUAAGUACUGUCUGUCACACACGUUCUGUUCGGUGCCUGCAUUCCAAUGCCACAUUCCACAAAAUAAAUAG